CCAAUCUCAGAUUUGAGUGAACAAAUUGGUGAGACUGGCAAGAAAAUCCAUGAGCUUGAGAAGGGAAAGAAGACAGUGGAAAGCGAGAAAACUGAGAUCCAGACAGCUCUGGAGGAGGCAGAGGCUACAUUGGAGCAUGAGGAAUCCAAGAUUAUGCGUGUUCAGCUCGAGCUCACACAAGUCAUGGGUGAAGUUGACAGACAAAUAGCAGAGAAAGACGAGGAGAUUGAGCAGAUGAAGAGGAACAGCCAGAGAGUGAUUGAGUCCAUGCAGAGUACUUUGGAUUCUGAAGUCAGGAGCACCCUGAGAAUCAAGAAGAAGAUGGAGGGAGACCUCAAUGAGAUGGAGAUUCAGCUGAGCCACGCAAACCGCCAGGCAGCUGAAGCCCAGAAACAGCUGAGAAAUGUUCAGGGACAACUUAAGUACAGUUACUAAAGCUUUUGUGAUGCCCAAAUUCAUCUUGAUGAAGCCGUUAGAGAUCAAGAAGACAUGAAGGAGCAGGUUGCCAUGGUGGAGCGCAGGAACAACCUGAUGAUGGCUGAGAUCGAGGAGCUGAGAGCAGCACUGGAGCAGACGGAGAGGUGCCGCAAAGUGGCUGAACAGGAGCUGGUUGAUGCCAGCGAGCGAGUGGGACUGCUGCACUCUCAGAAUACCAGUCUCAUUAACACCAAGAAGAAGUUGGAGACUGACCUUGUCCAAAUCCAAGGUGAGGUGGAAGACUCUGUCCAGGAAGCAAGAAAUGCUGAAGAAAAGGCCAAGAAGGCCAUCACUGACGCCGCCAUGAUGGCAGAAGAGCUGAAGAAGGAGCAGGACACCAGCUCUCAUUUGGAGAGGAUGAAGAAGAACCUGGAGGUGACAGUGAAGGACCUGCAGCUCCGCCUGGAUGAAGCCGAGAAUCUGGCCAUGAAGGGCGGCAAGAAGCAGCUCCAGAAACUGGAGGCUAGGGUGCGUGAGCUUGAGACUGAAGUGGAAGCCGAGCAGAGACGAGGAGCAGAUGCUAUCAAAGGUGUUAAUAAAUAUGAGAGAAGAGUGAAGGAGCUCACUUAUCAGACAGAAGAGGACAAGAAGAAUGUCACCAGACUUCAGGAUCUGGUGGACAAGCUGCAGCUCAAAGUGAAGGCCUACAAGAGGCAGUCUGCGGAAGCUGCCAACACCCACCUGACCAGGUACAGGAAGGUGCAGCAUGAGAUGGAGGAAUCCCAGGAGCGUGCUGACAUCGCAGAGUCUCAGGUCAACAAGCUGAGGGCAAAGAGUCGGGAGAUUGGCAAAGGAAAGGAUGCUGAAGAAUAAUCUACAACCUCUUUGAGAGACCAAUGAGAAUCAUACAAUAUGCGUUUUCAUUGAACUGCUCUCACUCAAUAUUG